UUUACUGGGGAUGUUAAUAUUUUCCAGAGCUGUAGUUUCCAAAGCGGUCCCCAUCUCGAGAUGUUCGUAGAGAGUAAUACUAUAGAUCAUAAAGUGUGCGAGGAUGAUAAAAUGCUUAGAGUUCGAAGUAUUUCUACACUGCCAGGGCUACCAUGCGUUAUAAGCGCCAUAUCUGUGCAUAGACCCGUGUGUACAAAGAGUUACAUGGACAGUGUUUUUUCUCGGUUUGAAGGAUUUGGAAAGGGUGGAAAGCGAAUUUACUGCUAAUUUAUAUGCAGAGAACAAGGUGCCACGGAAAUGACCAUGGGCAAAAGGUUUGGUUUUGUUCCGGUUUUUCAUAGGUUGUCCGGAUUUUGCUUCAUGACAGUCAUACUACUUCCGGUGUAGAAAAUGGCUGGGAAUGAAUUUGUGAGAGAAAAGCAUGUCAAGUUUUUUGUUCGAACUCUUCAAAUCCUGCCAUCAAGUUGCGCAUCGUUGGAUACAAAUAGAAUGACCAUUGCCUUUUUUGCCCUGUCUGGCCUUGAUGUUCUGUGUGCCUUGAAUGCCAUUGAGAAGGAGAAACAAGACAUCAUUGACUGGAUUUACUCCCUCCAAGUUUUGCCAGAUGAACAAGGUGCAAACCGACCCCAGUGUGGGUUCAGAGGUUCCUCAACACUGGGGCAUCACCAUGAUCCGGCCAAGGCACGUACAAAACCUAUUGUAUACGACAGUGGACACAUCGCCAUGACCUACACAGCCCUGGCAUCACUGGUGAUUCUCGGAGAUGAUUUGUCCCGACUUGACAAGGAUGCCAUCAUCAGCGGCCUCAAGGCUCUGCAGCAAGACGAUGGCAGCUUCUGUGCGAUGCCGGAGGGCAGUGAGCAUGACAUGAGGUUUGUCUACUGCGCCUCUUGCAUCAGCUACAUGCUGAAAGACUGGAGCGGCAUCAACAUCCAGACCACUGCAGACUACAUAAAGAACAGUGUGUCCUACGAGGGAGGCAUUGCCCAGGGCCCAGAUGCAGAGGCCCAUGGGGGCCCCACGUUCUGUGGCCUUGCAUCACUAGUUCUCAUGGACAAGCUACAGAGUUCUUUCACACCUAGGCAAGUAUCGCGGUUAAAACGAUGGUGCAUCAGUAGACAACAAACUGGUUUCCAGGGGCGACCGAACAAACCAGUCGACACGUGUUACUCCUUCUGGGUUGGAGCAACAUUACAGCUUCUAGAUACUUUUGAAUUAUCAAGUUUUGAAUUCAACCGUUCCUACAUCCUACAAACUCAGUCCAAUGUAACGGGUGGCUUUGCAAAGUGGCCAGAAAGCACUCCAGAUGCUCUCCAUGCCUAUUUUGGCAUCUGUGGCUUGUCGCUGAUGAAGGAGCCUGGCCUCGCAUCCCUCCAUCCUGCUCUCAACAUCAGCCAGCGGGCAGCAGACCAUCUUCACACUCUCCACCAGCAGUGGCAGGAGGAGUAGAUGGUAGACGGCCACCAGGGGGCGCCGAGGGGACCGGGUGGGGGAGGGGGGUGGAGCUCAGAGCAGGGGGAGUUGGCAGAGUUGGCUCCCAGACCCAGGGAAGUUGGAGCUCAGAGCAGGGGGAGUUGGAGCUCGGAGCAGGGGGAGUUGGCUGAGUUUGAGCCUGGAGCCAGGGGUAUUGGAGCCAGCUGCUGCAGUCGCCUCCCUGCUACCAGGAUUUCACUGUGAUUAUAUGAGUGCUAAAUCCAUGCCUUUACUAUUCUAUGCUGUGAUUGAGCCUGUGCAUACAUCAGUCGGAGGUGUUCCCAGAUUACAGCACGACAGACUGUGUUCCGUCAACAUUCACUGAAACAGCUGAACAGAGAGUUGACUUAGUGAUAUUUGUAUCAGGGAAUUCACGAUAUUUCACUUGGUACACAAAAUGGUGAAAACAAAUGGUUAUUGUGUCAAUGCAAACGUUUGAUGUGGUACUUGCUGCCUAUAUUUAUCUUCACUCGAGGCCAAGUACUUCACAAGCCACAAAAUCCAUUUAUUUCAGGGUGGUAAAUAUGAGUUUCACCUUACAGUUGUCCUUUUAUCAUUAUGUGAUAACGGCCGUUUACUUGUAACUUUCUGAAGACAUUAACGUUAAGAAACAAACUUGACUCAAACUUGAUUUGGCCUCAAAGUUAUAAAAGCAAAAGGGAUGUGUUCAUGCAGGGUAAGAUAGAAGACCUAAGGAAACAGAACCAAAACUUUGGUACUAGCGCCCCAUAAUUGACGUAAGUAUUGAAAGCUCUUGUUGGACUUUUAACACCUCGGUUCUUGCCACCAUACUAAGUUAAAGACACUCAAAACUUAUUCACAUUCAGAAAUCAUUUAAAUUUGAAGUAAACGAAAUGUUUGUUUGUACAAAAACUCUUUGUAUUGUAUUAGCACAAUGCUGUCUAUCACACAGAGGAAAAGAGGGCUGGUGUGAUGGGAGUUCCUGAGAGUCAGAAUUCCUGUCAGGACUUACCAACAUCUGUGCCUCGCCAUUGUGCCAGGCAGUUCUCACCUGUUUUGGUAGAAGACAACCUUUGUGAUAUCAUAUUGACGACCCUGAAAUAACAUGGAGAUCUAUUGAUUGUUGCAAUUUGUUGAAAUGUUUGGUUCAAAUGACCUGCUUUGUGAGGGCAUAUCCGGACACUGGAAUAGUCCUCGCCACUGUGUACCUACCUGUAGCCGACUGUAGCGAACCGUAGCAGACUGUAGCGGACUGUAGGUCUAGUGAAGCAAUGAACACUGGAGCACCUGGCGUCAUCAGUCAGGUGUCACCAGUCAGGUGUCGCACAGACAAAGAUACACAACAUCAGAUUGUGUGAUACCGGUACUUGCAUAGCAGAACUUUCUUACGUCAGUAUCUUUUUGCUUUAUUUAACAGUUUCUUUGAUUUUUCUUUAUACUAUUUCAUGCCUUUUUAAUCCAAUCAUUCCCUGAAUUAACCGUGACAACUUUCAAUAUAUUUGGUGCGUAAGUAUUAUCAUCAUGAAACAUGUUUUUUUCAAUAUAUUAAUUUGAAAUAACUCUUUUCAUGUCACCCAUUUGCUUUUUCCCUCAUUAAGUAUUCAAAAUACAAUACCUCAUUUCCUAGAAUGGUUUUGACUAGACAUGGCUGUAGUUUGAGUACAUCACUUCAAUUCCUGGUAGAAGAAUCUGCACUGUAAGUUCCAAACACUUCAAACAUUUGGCCAUUCAGACCCUUCAAAUGUUAUAUUUCUAGGCGUGAGUUGAUAUUAGGUAUUAUUUUAUUUCCACCAGCCAAUGGCAGUCAUUGUGUUAUUCAAUAUUAUACAAUUGCUGUUUUAUUGGACGAUGUGUGGUCUCUCCAUGAGAAGGCUCUUGUUUGACCAUGCUCUUACAGCCAAAAACUAUUGUCACAUUCCUAGCCAGGGUUGUCUCCCUUAGACCAAUGGCUGACAACCCAUGAUUUGGAGAAGCAUUAAGGAUUGUAUGUCUGAGUUAUGAUAGAGAUAUGUAUGAGCAACCAUACAGUGAAAACAUGGAAAUAGAUGUGUCAGACUUAGUGAAGAAAACAUUAAAUAUUACUACGAAUAAUUAUCAUUUGCAAAGAUCUAUAUGAAUUGUGGAAUAUGUAAUCAAAAUUUUGAAGAACAUUAGUGAACAACACAGACAUAAAAAAAGUAGCUAAGAAAAGCCAUCAAAAACAGAAUCAGUGAACACCAGUUGCUAAAGGUCAACAUUCACAAACCGAACACCAGAUGGCGCAACUGGGCUACAUUAUUUUAUGAGGUCACGUUGUGUAUGAGGAAUGACAUAGUGCAGGGGGGUGUUAUGCCCCCCAUAUGUGUACAGUGACGUUUAUCAGAAAAGUUUAGUGAUUUCUUCAUAACAUUUGACUAGUUUGAAUACUAUUCGCCUGUAUUGUCAUUUGAUAUAUGUUUGGGGGGCCUAUUGCCACCCGUGACAUGCUUACUCAGUUACAACAACUAAAGUUUACCUUGGUUCCUUAAACCAAAAUUUUAAAAGGCAAACAUUCCAUGAAAUGAACUCGAAUCAAUCAAAACACCUUUGGGGGCACGGGUGGCCCAGUCGUCCAAGGCGCUGUGAUUCGCUGUGCACAGUUGCGUCCCUUGGGCACGCCAGAAACCUAUGAUUGUGGGUUCGAAUCCAGGUUCGCCCUGAUUAUGUUUC